GUCCCUCAGGUAAGCUCACCUGCAUCUUUGCCCCAGGGCCUGCUUUCUGUUCUAACUCAAUAAGUGCUUUAUGUGGUCCUCACCUUCCGUCGCUCUAAUGGUGGUGAUUUUCAGUCCAGAUUCAGUUAAAGGUUCACUGAUGGCCCUAAUGCAUCUUCUCAUAUAAAUUAACAGGGAAUAAACCCUUCAAAAAGGACAGAGUGGUAAAUGUGGGCUUGAUUAUAAAUCCGUGUAAUGGUCAGCACUUGGCCAGUGAUUUAAAAUGAAAAUGGGUUUUUUUAGAUGUUGUGAAAGAAAUGAAUGCUAAUUUUGGGUUGAUUCUAAAAGACAGAUUUACAGCAGUUGUUAGGUAAUUUGGUGGAAGGAUGGCUCUCUUGGCACACAAAUAUAGCACACGAUGCUUAUUUCUUUGAAUGAUUCUCUACAAAUACUAACGUCCAUUGACUUGUAUAUUAUUAGUAUUGUGUAUCAUCAAUUUGCACUAAGAAAAGGCUUCUUUAGCUCUUCACCGCAAAGCAACACUUCUCAGGAGCCUCUGCUUGUUGCUCCAGUGAGAAUUAGCGGAUAAGUCUGUGUGAAUUAGCCAACGUUCCCCCGAAUGUGUUCGAUUUUGUUUGGGGCAAUGUGUAAAUAUGCCAUUUAGGCCUAGGCUCUCGUACGCUCUCCCUCACAUUAGCUGGCCGUAUUAAGGUGCUUGCGCUGUUGACUCAGCCUGCGGCGAGCUCGAGGGAAGCCUGUGCGUAUUUGUUUAAAAGUCUUUUAGCAGUUCAUAAAGACAGCCUUCCUCCGCUGGUCCCCUUCCUGUUGGGACUCUGUCAAGGCUUUGCUAAGUCUCUUUGAUUUCCCCCAUCCUCCAAUCACAUCAUGACAUUGACUCAUCACUGGGCCACUUCAAAGGGUGCGAAUAGGGGCCCAAGCCCCGCCCACUCUCAGGGACCCCUUAAAGCCACGGGCCGUCCUCGCUGUUCCUCAGAAAGCUGACCGGCAUCACUCUUCCUCCACUUCUUUGGACUUAAGCCAUCAGCACUUGGAUCUAACUGGAGCUUUCAGAGGAACCUCAUGGAGAGUUUGCUGUUGUGACUGAACACACCUGGAGGAGACGCUACUCGUUCUGACCUUUUCACAAGUCUGUGGCAGCAAGAAAAGCUUGCAAGGGAUUUGAGCAAUGCAAGCCAUUAGAGACCUCAAGCACAACUUCAGCAUCCCACCUCCAUCUGCAAUGGCUGGAGCUGCUGACUCCUAUCUCCAAGGCAACAUCAGGAUGACCCUGGAGGACCCUGAGCUGUGGAAGUCCUUCCAUGAGAUUGGCACUGAGAUGAUCAUCACCAAACCUGGCAGGCGAAUGUUCCCGCAUUGUAAGAUCAACAUUUCUGGACUUGUGCCGUAUGCAAAGUACAUCUUGCUGGUGGACAUGGUGCCUGAAGAUGCCUUCAGAUACAAGUGGAAUAAGGAUAAGUGGGAGGUGGCUGGAAAGGCGGAGCCUCAGCCCCCGUACAGGACGUACCUGCACCCGGACUCCCCCGCGCCGGGCAGCCACUGGAUGAAGCAGCCCGUCUCCUUCCUCAAACUCAAACUCACCAACAACGCCCUCGACCAGCACGGACAUAUCAUCCUGCACUCUAUGCAUCGCUACCAUCCGCGCUUCCACAUCGUUCAGGCCGAUGACCUGUACAGCGUUCGCUGGAGCGUCUUCCAAACCUUCACCUUCCCAGAGACCUCCUUCACUGCCGUCACUGCCUACCAGAACACUAAGAUAACCAAGCUGAAGAUUGAUAACAACCCCUUCGCCAAGGGAUUCAGAGAUGAGGGCACAAACUCCAAGAGACGUGCUAACAGAGGUUCAGAUCCUGAGAGGCUGGCCAAGAGGCUCAACUCCAUGGUUAAAGAUGCAGAUCAAGACAGCCCACCAGGCAUGUGCCGCUCCUCCUACGAAGGUCUGGACGAUGGGAGAGCAGCUUCUAAGGAGCUGGAGGAUGUGAAAGAGGAGCGCUAUUCUCCAUGGGGAGGUGCGUCUGACCGGGAGAACCAAGGACUUGGCAGAGAAUCACCGCUGGGCUCUGAUGCUCGAGACAUGUACAACACUGAACAGCUUGUGCCAGGACACAGCACGUACCAGCCUUACAGGUUUCAUGAAUACGGCAAGUCCCCCUCUCCGUCCUCGUCCAGCCUGGGCAGCAGCGGCAGCGCCGGACGCUCCAGUUUCGAGUCCCGAGUGCCUGACGUGGCUACCGUCCCGGACCAUGACAGCAAGCCCUCAGCCCACGACUCAGGCCUUCCCCACUGCCCUCCUCACACGUCGGCCACGUCUCAGGACUACACGGGCGUCCUGAACAUGGCCGUGGCUCAGGCCAAGCCGACCAUGCUGGGACACCCUCUGUACGCCCCAUACGGCUCAGAGCAGGCCCUAGGCCAGUGGGCCAGCGGGACUGGGUCUUCUCAGUACCCCCCGCCACCACCACCCCCACCCCACCAUCACCCCCACCACCACCACCUGGCCACGGACUACAGCGCUCAGGCCGUCCAUCACGGCUAUCACCACAGCAACGUAGGUGACUGGAGCCAAUAUCCACUCUUCUCCUAUUCCUGCUGGUGAGGAUGAGGGAACAAGACAUGGACACAGAUGGACAAACCGACUCUCUCUUAGUCCCUCUUUCAGUCGCAAGCUCAGAAAUGAGGUGCGGUGGCCAUGUGGGACCAGAAAAGGCCAGAUGGUUUUGGUGACUUUGAAAUUGGCCAUCAUCUGGAGCCGUUUAAGGAGACCAAAUUAACGUUCUAGCUUUGAGUCGAUUCAUUUUGUUCUUGGAGUGGUGUUAGCAUGAUGGAGAAAUGGUCCAAAACAGAUGCCUGUUCAGCUUUGUCUUAUCAGCUUCAUGAGUAUUGCUGCUAACUGAGAAGCCCCGAAAAAGACUUGUCUUUCUUCUGAAAGGACUGAAAUAUGAUGCUUAUUUAUUAAUGAAUGGUUUUGCUGUUUAACAUUAUUGUUAUGGAGAUGCUUUAUUCUGAUGGCCUGCUGUAGAUGCUGUAGAUGCUGUAGAUGCUUAACCCUAAAACGUAACACUUACUAUAAACCUCAACCUAAACGGACCAUCAGAAUAAAGUGUAACCAUUAUUUUUGUAAAAAGAAGAAAAGAGAUGUGUGCUGUAAAAUGCCUGUGUACAAACUGC